AUGCCCAAUGAGCCCCUUCCUUCACUCUUCUCAGGCACUCUUGAGGAGGAGGUGGAGGAGGAGGAAGUGGUCGCACCUCCUGCUAUGCCCAUGUCCCUACCUCAAUCCCCACCCCACCUCCUACAGUCGCCGCCCGUUGGUGAGGGGGGGACUGUGGUGUCGACGUCUGUGAUGAUCACCGACGGGCAGCGCCUUGUGACUAAGCAGCUGCAGGACGAGAACAGCAUGGAUGGAGUGCAGCAGAGUGGGGGAAAGGAGACAGGGGAGCAGCAGACAGGGGAGCAGCAGACAGGGGAGCAGCCGAUUGGUGAGCAGCAGAUAGGGGAGGAGCAGAUUGGGGAGCAGCAGACAGGGGAGCCACAGACAGGGGAGCAAGAGAUUUAA